GUGGUAAUCAUGAGACGGAAGUGAAAAAAUUGUAGUCGUUAGCACUCCUGAUGGUGACAUAACAAAUCAAGCUGUACUCUUAAAAAUCACCAACAGCGCCAAGUGAAAAAGCAGAUUUUAAAGAAGCCUCCUUCACAAACAGCAACGAUGCAUGGCCGAGUGAAGAUUAAAACUACAGCCCAGCAGGAGGAGGAGAAAAGAAAGGAGCGGGAGAAGAAGCUCAAGAUAUACGUGGCUGCACGGGAUGCCUGUUUUUCUAAGAGGAAAGAGGGUGUUUGGGAUGACGAGGCUCUCCAGCUGACCCAGCAGCUUCUAUCCUCCAAUCCUGACUUUGCAACUUUGUGGAACUACAGAAGAGAAAUCUUAAUGCACCUGGAGACUGUGAAAGAUGAGGAUGAAGUGCAGAAGAUUUAUGAGGCUGAGCUGUCAUUUAUUGAGGCUUGCCUGAAGGUGAACCCAAAGUCUUAUGGCAGCUGGCACCACCGGGGUUGGGUCUCCGCCCGUCUGCCUCGACCAGUCUGGGCCAGAGAGCUGAGCCUGUGUGAUCGCUGCUUGAGCCUAGAUGACCGCAACUUCCAUUGUUGGGAUUAUCGACGGAUGGUUGUAAAGAUGUCUGGCGUGCCUGUGGAUCAGGAAUUGGCGUUUACUGAUCGUCUUAUUGGCUCCAAUUUUUCCAACUACUCCAGCUGGCACUACCGUAGCACCCUAUUGCCACUUCUUCACCCAGAGUCUCCCGAGCCCCCCUCACCAUGCCGCCAGCCUCUCCAGUCCUCCCCUCCACCUUCCCCUCAAACCCACUCCCAUCGAGUCUGUGAAGAGCAGCUUCUAAAAGAAUAUGAGCUUGUACAGAAUGCAUUCUUCACUGACCCUAAUGACCAGAGCGCUUGGUUCUACUAUCGCUGGCUGUUAGGCAGAGCGGAGCGUGAAGAGAUGAUAAGCUGUGUGUAUGUGAGUCGCGAUGAGGAGAGAGUGGCUGUGGCCUUCUCCAGGCCUGUCAAUGCACAGUCAGUCGGCCUGUUCCUGGUCCUUGAUGGUCAGCCCCAGAGAGUGGAAUGGAGGAGCGUCCAUCCGUGUUUCAAACACAGCCCUGUCUGGAUAUGCAAUCUGCCUCCUGGAACGAUUAGCGACAUCACCAAUGAACACAAUCUGACUGUGCACUGGACUGAAAAACACACUCACAGAGACUGUGCUCUAUAUACAGGUCGAACUGAGAGUUGGUGUAGGGACUCUGCUACUGAUCAGGAACUUUUCAGGAGUGAACUUUCAGUAGAAAAGACUUCAGUGCUACAGUCGGAGCUCCAGUCAGUCAAACAGCUACAAGAACUGGAGCCGCUCAAUAAAUGGUGCUUACUGACCAUUAUUCUCCUGAUGAGGGCUCUAGACCCUCUGGGAUAUGAACAGGAGAUGCUUGCUCUUUUCAAAACACUCAAAGAAGUCGAUUCCAUGCGCUCUGCAUAUUACAGUGACCUGUGCAGCAAGUUUAUGAUUGAAAACACCAUCCUGAAAAUGGAGUAUGCUGAAGUGCGCGUCUUCAGCAUUUCUGACAAGAACCUGACCACUUUAUGCCACCUGGACCAGCUGUUGUUGGUUACCCAUAUCAAUCUGUCCUCUAAUCAUCUGCAGCAGCUGCCUCCUCAGUUUGCCAUGCUGCAGUGUCUGGAGGUCUUGGAGGCCGAUAACAACGCCAUAGAAAACCUGGAGGGAGUUUAUCAACUUCCCAAAUUGGAGGAAGUCCUCUUGAAAAACAACAAAAUCUCUACAUUGGCAGAUCUUCAGCCGCUGGCCUCUUGCCCCACGCUGAAGCGCCUUGACCUCCGUGGAAACCCUGUCACUCAAAUGGCCAAUGUCGAGUCGGAGUUAGCCGAGCUGCUGCCCUCAGUCACAGACCUCCUGCUCUGAUCCAACACAGGGCAGGAAUCACUGCCAUCUUUGUUCUGUCGUUCAGUUGUCCUUCAUGUUUCAAGCUGUUUUUGGUAGUGAGUGGGUGUCAUCUUGUGACUGUGUUUGUUCCACCUGUUUUGGAAGAAUGUCAGUCACAGUGAAUCCUGAGGGUCUGAAAGCCUCAUUCUUUAGAGCAAAUGUCAGGACCCUCUCUUAACACCUUCAGCAAAAAGUCAACAUUUCUCUGUGUGUGAGUGAUUGCGUAAUAACCACUGUUGCAUUUCUUUGUUUGUGUGCGUACAGAUGUCUUCAAUGCAACAGACCAAAUGCAUGCAGAAACAUUAAUAGUGGCGUAAAAUAAUUAGGGAUUGGUGUGCAGCAGUGAUUGCUUAUUGCUUCUAUAAGCUUUAAUGGCUGAGUUGGAAGAUAAUGUUAUGCUGGGUGAUCGGAGUAUUGCAUAGUUCACUGCAGAUUUUUUUUUUUUAAAGUAAAGCAUUUGAUUUAUGACAUUAUACUGUUGCACAGUAAGUCACAGAUCCAAUAAUAAACAGCACACAUUGUGUCACUGCCUUCCAA